UUUUCCAUUAUCUAUUCAUUAAUAAAAGUAAGAUAAGUUUCUGUCUUUAAGAUCUAAGACUAGAUUCUUUGAUUCCCUCCCCCCUAGAAAGAACAAAAAGAAUCUGCCACCCACUCCGCAAUCCACAUCUUCCUUGGAAAGAAGGGGAAGUGGUGUGAAGAAAGGAAAAGAGAAAAAACUAUCUGACGGAUUUUAUCUUUCAGUCACUUAAAAGAGAAAAAAUUAAAAGGAAAGAAAAUCAAAUAAAGUAUUCCCAUUAAUUUCCUUCAAUGCUUCUCACUGGGGGAAAAAAAAAGUUGAACCCAUUAUUCAUCAUGGUGGGGCUACCAAAUGAAGCAAAGAAUCGAGCAAAGAGAGUAGUAAAAGGAGAAGUGGGAAAACAGCAAGAACAUAAAACAAUCCAGACACUUUUCCUCUUUUCUCUCCUUUUGAGACUAAAUUGAAACUGUACUACUUUCUCUGUGUUUGCUGCCUCAGAGAUUCUCUCCUCCUCUUUCAAGUCAAUAAAAGAAAGGAAAAUUAAGGAGGAAAAGAAAGAAAAAAAAAAAAAGAUGACAUGGAGUGGAAGAUGAGAGAGAAAGAAAGAAAGAAAGAAAGAGUCCCAGCUCAUUGCAUAUAUUCUCUCCUACAUAACCUAUGUUUCCAGCUAUGGAGGGAGAACAAAGGGACAGGAGACUCAACCCAAAUUAUAAAGAGAACUACAGCUGCCAUACGUUGAAGCAAAGUUGCAGGAAUCUAAAACCUAUGUUUAAUUGUCAGUCUUCAGAGGGGUUCUGAUUCACAAAACCGAAAUGGGUCUACAGAGAAUGCAAAACCAUGAUAUGGGUCUGGUUCUGUCUACUGAUGCAAAGCCUAGGCUAAAAUGGACUCCAGAACUUCAUCAGCGAUUCAUCGAAGCAGUUACUCAUCUUGGCGGAGCAGACAAGGCGACACCUAAGACUCUGAUGAGAUUGAUGUGUAUCCCUGGGCUUACAUUGUACCAUCUAAAGAGCCACUUACAGAAAUACAGGCUUGGGAAGAAUCAGCAGUCAGAAACUAGUAGUGACAAUAACCAAGAAGAGGUAGAAUGCAGAGAAGCUGAGAUUCGGAGUGGCCAGACCAGUGGGGAAAUCAUCUGUAGAAACAACAAUAAUCAGAUGAAUGAGAGUUUACAGAUAGCGCAGGCUCUGCAGAUGCAAAUGGAAGUGCAGAAGAAACUUCAUGAACAGGUUGAGGUGCAGAGACAUUUGCAGCUGAGGAUUGAAGCUCAAGGGAAGUACUUACAAUCAGUACUAAAGAAAGCACAGGAAACACUUGCAGGAUACAGUUCAUCUGUGGGAAUAGAAGCUGCGAAAGCCGAACUAUCUCAAUUGGUCUCCAUGGUGGACUCUCGAUGCCCGAGUCCUCCUUCAUUAUCAGGGUUAACAGAAACAGGGUAUCUUUUCAGCCCACAAAGCUCAAGGAAGAGACCAAUGAGAUGCAUAGAUUGUUCCAUGGAUAGUUCAUUAACUUCCUCUGAAAGCUCAGCAAGAAAAGAUGCAAAUCUACAAAAGGAAGAGGAUGGAGAUGUCCAUGGCUCCAAAGAACCUUCUGUUCUUCUUCCAUCAAUGGAGAUGAACACAGAUGGACACGAGACCAGAUCAGAUGAUCAGAUUGGGGAACAAAAGAGAACUGGAAGUACCAUUUCUGAUGACAAUUGUGUUGAUCAACCAUCAACCAAAAGACUAUCAACCCAUAAAGAGAGGCCUUCUAAAAGCUUUAGGGAGUUCAGAUUGCCACAGGAGUUUGAUCUGAACAGCCAAUAUCUGGGUGAGAUGGAUUCAAACUGCCAUGAGCUUGACCUCAACUGCAAGGAACCUGAGCCAAGUCUCUGAGUAUCUGAAGCAUUAGCAUUUUGGCGCCUAAUUUAUUCUCUGAAGUGAGUUCAUAUAGUUUACAAACUUAUACACCAUAGACUGUAUAGCCAGGUGGUCAUUGGCUCAUAAAAUAUUCAUAGUGUUCAUGU